AUGGUUAAGGAAGAUGAAUAUAUCCUAACUCUCUCAUGCCCUGAUCGUCCGGGUAUCGUCCACGCCGUCACGGGAUUCCUCACCAAGCAUAAUCUCAAUAUUGUCGAUUCGCAACAAUUUGGUGAUGCAACCAGCUUGCGUUUCUUCAUGCGAGUGCACUUCGCACCAUCUGUCUCUUCUUCUCCAGAAACCGAGACGAAGAAAUUGAACGUGGAGGAAUUGAAGGGAGCUUUCGAGACGAUCGCUCAAGACAUGAGUAUGGAUUUCCAACUCGAUUCUUUGGCUAAGAAACCUCGUGUUUUAAUCAUGGUUUCUAAAAUCGGUCAUUGUCUUAAUGAUUUACUCUUUCGUCAGAGUAUCUCCCAAUUGGGUAUUGAAGUCCCUCUUAUUGUAUCCAAUCAUCCGGAUUUCGAACCGCUAGCCAACACGUACAAGAUUCCAUUCCAUCAUCUUCCUGUCACCGCCGCCACAAAAGCCGAGCAGGAAUCUAAAAUUUUGGAAUUGGUCAAGGAGAAUAAUAUCGAUUUGAUCGUUCUGGCUCGCUACAUGCAGGUUCUUUCCCCGACGUUGUGCACGGCGAUGAGUGGAAAGAUUAUUAAUAUUCAUCAUUCUUUCCUUCCGUCGUUUAAGGGUGCGAAACCAUAUCAUCAGGCUUAUGAUAGGGGUGUGAAGAUUAUCGGGGCCACGGCACAUUUUGUCACGAGUGAUUUGGAUGAGGGUCCGAUUAUUGAGCAGAAUGUUGUGAGGGUGGGUCAUGGUCUUAGUCCUAAGGAAUUGACGGUUGAGGGAAGUAAUGUGGAGAGUAAUGUUUUGGCGACGGCGGUUAAGUGGGUUACUGAGCGGAGGGUUUUGUUGAAUGGUCACAAGACGGUGGUUUUUAACUAG